GCAUGACCAUCUGCAGGGGAUGGUGUUGCAAAUUGUUUUGCGCCGCUCCUUGUCAGCUUGUGCAUGGCACUCUCGUUUGCAAGGGCAAGAAAAGCUUCAAACGAAAGGACGUUAAUACAAAGGUCCCUCGAUCUUUUACUCUCAUUAGGAAUUGAACGGCACGCUCUGCAUCGAUCCAAUCUCCCUGCGCUAGCGAUCUUAUACCAACUCCAAUCUGGAUAUCUUGCAUAUCAAACUUCAAAAAAGGGUAGAGGAGCUCCUACACCAGGGGCUGUUGACAUCACCAUCCGGGGUGCUUCUUUCGUCUGUCUGCAUGCUAGUAGGCAUUUAUUGCAGUCACGCCAGAACCCUACUCUAAGUUGCUGUUUUCAGAAAAGGAACACAUAUAACGAAAGACGUGGGGAGUGCACCUGACGGGCAUGGCUCCAAUGCCGGGUCCUUCCACCCAGCCCUGGGUCGAGAAAUACCGUCCCCGGAAUGUAAAUGAUGUCGCAUCUCAAGAGGAGGUCGUCAAGACGCUCAGGAACUCGCUCGAGACGGGCAACCUGCCGCACUUGCUAUUCUACGGGCCACCAGGGACGGGCAAGACGACGACCGCACUUGCUAUUGCUCGGCAACUCUUUGGGCCUGAACUGGUCAAGACGCGGGUUUUGGAGUUGAACGCCAGCGACGACCGGGGGAUCAAUGUGGUGCGCACAAAGAUAAAGGACUUUGCGGCGGUGGCAGUUGGGCCAGGCGUGAGCGGUUACCCCUGCCCGCCCUUCAAGGUGCUCAUUCUGGAUGAGGCGGACUCGAUGACCGAGGACGCACAGAAUGCGCUGCGACGAACUAUGGAGACGUACUCCAAAGUCACCCGCUUCUGUUUCAUCUGCAAUUACAUCAGCAGAAUCAUUGAGCCAUUGGCGUCCCGGUGCGCCAAGUUCCGGUUCAAACCCCUGGGGCGGGAGAUCAUGACGGACCGCAUCCAGUACAUCUGUCGGGAGGAGGGCCUUUCCCUUGACGACGAGGCUUUGAACACGCUGGGAAAAGUCUCGGGAGGCGACAUGCGGCGAGCGAUCACGUGCCUCCAGAGCGCGAGCCGACUGUUCGGGUCCCGCAUCAGCAGCGAAAACAUUAUCAGCGUUUCGGGGGUGGUCCCGGACGACGUCAUCGAGAAGCUGCUGACGUCAUGUCGGAGCGGCGACUACGACAAGGCCCAGGGGACGGUCACGGACAUCAUUGCGGACGGGUAUGCGGUGUCGCAGAUCCUCUCCCAGCUUCACGACGAGGUGGUACGGGCGGAGGACGUCACCGACGAGCAGAAGGCGCGGAUAUGCGAGCGAGUGGCCGAGGCCGAUAAGUGUUUGAUCGACGGGGGAGACGAAUACCUCCAACUACUGGAUGUGGCUAGCAACACGAUGAGGGCUCUUUGUAACAUGCCGCAGGAAAGUACGUACGUCUAGGUUGCAUGCGCCGGACCACUGAGAGCGAGGGGACCGCGGGAACCGGAUGGCUGCGCCGGAAAGUCGAUGCAGUAUGCUGUACAUAGGUUUCGAAGCAUGCAUGGCUGCUCUGCGCUGCAUACGAGAAUGUUAGGUGGCCUCUCAGGUUUACUCUAUUCCUGACGAGAGUCGUGCCCAGUUGCUCACAUGGCCGGCCAGCAGGUUCUGGCGUUGUGUCCUGUGUAUGAAGCCAACAUGUCGACAGAUGCUGACUGACUGUUAUGAUGGCGUGAACAGGAUAAGGAGGCUAAUCCGACGUGACCCCG